UGGAACUGAGGAAGAAGAGACAAAAGCAUGAUCCACUCCAAUCACUCGACCCGCGCCGUGUUCUGCUGCUGCUGUGCCGUUCAAACCAGGGAGAUUAGCACCCGCAUGGAGCUGGAGAGCAGCACCGCUCUUUGUUUCCAGAGCAGACGAUACCCGGGACACGCCUGUCGGGUGGACAGGUCCAGGAAGAAGCUCCCCCUGCCGCCUCCGGAGGACGAGGACGAAGAAGGAGGCAGCUUGAUCAGCGUGGUGGCCAUGUACGACUUCACCGCCAAGGAGGACACGGACCUCACGCUCAAACAGGGGGACGAGUACGUCAUUCUCCACAAGCAGGACCAGCUGUGGUGGAGAGCGCAGGACAAGCACGGGAACAAAGGUUUCAUCCCGAGUAACUACGUCACGGAGAAGAACCGAAUCGAGGCCAACCCGUGGUACUGCAAGAACGUCACGAGGACCGAGGCCGAGCAGCUGCUGCGACAAGAGGACAGAGAAGGUGGAUUUGUCGUUCGGGAGUCCAGUAAAAAAGGAGUUUAUACCGUCUCUGUUUACACCAAGACUUUAAGUUCAAACGGAGAAAUCCGACAUUACCAGAUUAAAGUGACGGACGCCGGGCAGUUCUACCUGGCUGAAAAACACACCUUCACGUCCAUCCCAGAUGUUAUACUCUACCACGAACACAACGCAGCAGGUCUGGUGACCAGGCUUCGGUACGCAGUCGGACCGAUGGGAAGGUGUGUUCCUGCCACGGCCGGGUUCAGCUCAGAGAAGUGGGAGAUCAACCCCAGCGAGCUGACCUUCAUGAAGGAGGUCGGCUCCGGGCAGUUCGGGGUCGUCAAGUUCGGCAAAUGGAGGGAUCAGCAGAGAGUGGCCAUCAAGGCCAUCAGAGAGGGGGCCAUGUACGAGGAGGACUUCAUCGAGGAGGCCAAGGUCAUGAUGAAGCUGUGCCAUCCUAAACUGGUUCAGCUGUACGGGGUGUGUCUACAGCAGCGCCCCCUGCUGAUCGUGGCCGAGUUCAUGGAGAACGGCUGCCUGCUGAACUUCCUGCGUCAGAGGGGCGGGGCCCUAAAGGAGGCGUGGCUUCUGUCCAUGUGUCAAGACAUCUGCGAGGGGAUGGAGUACCUGGAGGCCCACAGUUUCAUCCACAGAGACCUGGCAGCCAGGAACUGUUUGGUUGACGAGCGCAACGUGGUGAAGGUCAGCGACUUUGGGAUGACCAGGUAUGUUCUGGACAACCAGUACACCAGCUCCAGUGGAGCCAAGUUCCCCGUGAAGUGGUCUCCUCCUGAAGUUCUCCACUACAGCAAAUACAGCAGCAAGUCGGACGUUUGGUCCUUCGGUGUGGUGAUGUGGGAGAUCUUCUCUGAGGGUCGGACGCCCUUUGAGAACAACUCCAACCUGGAGGUGGUGACCGAGAUCACCAGAGGGACCCGUCUGUUCCGACCCCACCGGGCCACGCAGCUGCUCUACACCAUCAUGUACCGCUGCUGGCACGAGAAACCCGAGGGUCGGCCAUCUUUCUCCGAGCUCCUGGAGGAAAUCAGAAAACUGGCAGAAAACCCAGAAUAA